GCACCUUGCAGCUGCAUGCAGACAGUGCUGUGCGUUAUAUUCCCUGGUGAGGACGUCAGGGUCACCUCCGCAGCGCCUGCAGUGAUCAACCCUUCUGACAACCGCAACACUGCUCUUGAGGAUGAUAGGAUAUAUUUUCCGGAUGUUAUAAUUACCCGACCCCCUGCUAUCACCUCAACCACCACCACUACCACCACCCCCACCACCACCACUGCUACCACUACCACCACCACAAGGCCUUCAGGGGACGGGCUUCAACCCGUUCGCAGCCCUAAUCCCAGCCCUCGUCCUAGCCACAGCCCAGUUUCCAGCCACAACCAGAGCGUGCCAUCGAGUGUUCCUUCCUCCAUCAUUCCUAGCGAGUGCGGCAAAUCGAUGUUUGACUCUCGGGUCGUUGGAGGAACAGUCACAGAGCCUGGGGAAUGGCCGUGGUUGGCAGCGCUGGGCCGGAUGAGCAGAGGAAGAUUUUCUAAUUUAUGUGGCGGCUCUCUCUUCACUGUUCGCCACGUCCUGAGUGCUGAACACUGCUUCAUUAGUCUUUUCGUCCCGAACAUAGUGAGAUUGGGAGAAUAUGACGUGACUCGCUUUGAUGAAGUGCCGGGCACCCAGGACUUCGGCAUCCUGGAGCGUCACAACAAGCAGUACAAAUCACAGACGUAUGAGAAUGACAUUGUCAUUAUCGUCUUGGAUCGCGAUGUUGUCUUUACAGAUUACAUUCGACCGGUGUGUCUUCCAUUUAACGAGCGAGGGAACAAUUUUGCAAACGAGAAACUGAUAAUAGUUGGCUGGGGGAAGACUGACUAUGAGACCUCCAGCUACACAGACGUGCCCUUUGAUGCCAUUGUGCCGGUGGUGGACAGAGAGCAGUGUGCCCAGAGUUACAAGCGAGCAGGGAACAGACGUGUCAAACCUGUGGUGGACGAGAGACAUCUGUGUGCUGGUAACGGGACGAAGGACUCCUGCAGUGGUGACAGCGGCGGCCCUCUGCACCACGUGUCCCUUAACGACGGCCGGUUCUACAUUGUUGGAAUAGUGUCCUUCGGCUUCGAGUGUGCCAGUGCUGAUUACCCCGGGGUGUACACGCGGGUCACCACCUUCCUGGACUGGAUCAUGGAAGUCGUGCAGUAAGAAGAAGCCACAGAAAAAAAUAUUGCUAACCUAAUUACCAUACUCCGGUUUCCCUUAGCGUGUGUGAGCGAGAAAUGUCUUACUGUUGUCAAAUGAACCGCGUCUUAUCAUGUAGAACUUUUGGAACAUUAAUGUGCAAGUAAACAUGUAUAGAACGAUCCGUUAAUAUGACAUGAAAACACAAGAAAAAAAGGGAAGCUGCAAGAAGCCAUCAACCAUACACAUGACAUUUUUCACUCCAUGAUCCUCAUAACUAAAUGUGCCGAGUAUUGUUUUAAAGCUCCCUAAUGACACCGCUAACAACCUCCUUAUUGAGCCACUCUUUGAAACCCAGAUGAAGAUGAUUAAUGAUUAUGAAUAAAGCUAUCCCCGUA